GUGUGUGUGUGUGUGGGCGGGUGCAAUGCAGGCGGGUGGAGACCCAGGUCCUUGCACAAACAAGCUUUGGAGACAAACAACCCCAUGACCCUUUGAGGCCAGUUAAGCUCCAAGAAAGGACCCUUGGGACUGAACCCCACAGAGGGGCCACCAGACUGAGAGGACUCCAAAGAAGGACCCCCCAGACUGAAAGCCUGCUCCCAGACAGAGGGGUCUCCAGACUGAGGGACCACCACACAGGGGUCCCUGAGACACGGCCACUUCAAAAGGACCCCCAGACUGUGAGACCUAGAGAGGAAGGGGUUUCUGGAAGUGAACAUUUCUUCCCCCACCUACACUGAGGUCAGCCCCGUGAGGACAUCAGCUCCAGCCCCAGGGUCCUAAUGGCAGCCGAACCACUGACUGAGCUGGAGGCGGCCAUUGAGACUGUGGUCACCACCUUCUUCAUCUUUGCAGGGCAGGAGGGCCGGAAGGGCAGCCUCAGCAUCAAUGAGUUUAAGGAACUGGUCACUCAGCAGUUGCCUCACCUGCUCAAGGAUGUGGGCUCCUUAGAUGAGAAGAUGAAGAGCUUGGAUGUGAAUCAGGACUCAGAGCUCAAGUUCAACGAGUACUGGAGACUGAUUGGGGAGCUGGCCAAGGAGAUCAGGAAGGAGAAGGCCCUGGAGAUCCGAAAGAAGUAAAGCCGGCUGGCCGGGAUGGGGGUGGGCAUGGCAGGGCUGGGCAGUACCCCACUCCCCACAAAUAAAACUUUCUCCUUGAAA